CUGGUGCCUUUUUUUCAGAUGCUAGUUUAAUACAUGGCAAGUGGUUUGAAGAAUUGGUGAAUGGUCUUAAAGAGUUACAUGAAUAUCUCCAUACAGAUCAUAAGAUUUAUUUGUAUUUUGUUGUUCCAAAAGAUAAAUUUGAAGACUUUUCUUAUCAAAAAUAUGUGACAACCACCAGAAGAGAGUUUAAAGGGUGGAAUAAAUCAAAUGAUUGGGUUUUGAAAAAAGUUGUUCAAUAUGUUCUCAGAAUGGAUUUAAAAGUUGAAGUUUCAAAACAUAAAAAUGAGGAGGAAGAUAACAUA